UCAGGCAAACCUGCAGUCCACAGUAGCCGCUGCCCAUGUGCAAGGACAGAAGUCUACAGUAGCCAGCACACCCAUCCAUCCAACGGCCGUCAUGCCGCUCCGGAGCCUCCUGGACCUCUCCGCCACCAUCUCCGACCGCCUCCGCCGCUCCUUCUCCACCGCCGCCGCGCCCUCGCACCCGCCAUGGGCGAUCGUCGACUACACGUCCAUGGUCGACCGCUCCUCGUCGGCCCCGGGCGCGUGCUUCCACCCCGUCGCGCCUCCGGGCAUCUCCCACGUCACGGCCCCGGCGCACCUCGUCAGCCCCAGGGCGCGCCCCGCCCCCGACACCAACGUCGUCCAGGUCCUCUUCGGCAACGUCGGCGCCGCCAGCGGCGACGGCCACCUCCUCCUCAGCUACCACGACCUCCGGGCGGAGGGCCCCUGCACCACCUGGGACCUGUCCGCGCCCCCCGAAAUCCAGCGCUUUGUCUGCAACCCUCUCACCGGCCAGAUGCUCCGCCUGCCGGACAUCGGCGGCUCCCGUAGGACCCUCGUCUUCCACCACAUGGGCCUCCUCACCCAGGCCGACGGCUGGCUCGGGCGCGGCCCGCCCGACAGAUUCGCCGUCGCCGAGCUCGCCUUCCAUGGCGCCGGCCUCGAGCGGUUUCUCUCGGAGAAAGGGGAGUGGGAGACGGUGAUGGGCGUGCCGUGCGGACCGCCGCCCCCGCGCGGGAUGGAGGUGAACCAGGAGACGGUUGCCUUCGGCGGCCGCCUGUGGUGGGUCGACCUCACCUUGGGCGCCGUCUCCGUCGACCCCUUCGCCGACCGGCCGGAGAUCCGCUUCGUCGAGCUGCCGAGCGGCAGCGUGCUGCCUGCGCGUGCUCGUAGUGCAGAAGAGGAUGGAGAUCUAAGGAAGGUCGAGGACCGGGGGCUGUUCUUGCGGGAGGUGGCCAAGCACCGGCGCGUCGGCGUGAGCAAGGGCCGGCUGCGCUACGCCGAGGUGACACCGGACGAGCCAUUCCUGCUCAGCUCCUUUGCGCUGGACGACGAGGGCAGCGGCUGGACGCUACAGCACCAGGUGGAGCUCAGGCAGGUGUUGGCGGACGGAGGCUACCCGUGGCAGGAGAACUCGGCGCAGGCGGCGCCGCAGAUCGUCGUCCUUGACCCGCUCAAGGCCAACGCCAUCUACCUCAAGGUCGGCGAGCACGUCGUCGUCGUGGACAUGCACAACGGCAAGGUGAUAGGGGCCUCUCCGCUUCAGGACGAGUACUCUCUUGUGCCAUGCGUGCUCCCGCCGUGGCUUGCAUCAAGCACCAUCCCUACGGCAGGCAAGAAGGAUGGCAUGGAAUCGACAGAUGAUCCGGUUAAUUAGUUGUGUCUAGAUAUGAUGAAUGGGUUUCAUGGAACUAAUACUAGAUGGAGGGGUUGUGCUAUAUUAGGAAGGAAGCCGGCAGUAGUUUGUCAAACUCUCAUUUUGGGGAAAUCUGGAUAAGUUUGGGUUUAUUGUAGCUGCUGAUUAACUACUAGUAGUACUACCUCUGUAGCUAAAUAUAAGACGUUUUUGCAGUUUAAAUUGAACUGGAAAAACGUCUUAGUAUCUUGUUUCGAGGGAAAUCUGGUAGCUGUUUCAACCACCAAAACAGGACAUUCCAGUCAAACUAAAUUAAGUGUGGCAGCUGUUUAGAGGGAAA